GAAAGAGAAAAGCAGUCACAUUGGAAUUGGAGAGGGAAAAAGAAGAAGAAGCAGCUCUCUCUUACCCCAGAGCCCUCUUCCUCUAACUUAACCCAGAAAAAUCCAGAAGGAAAAACAGGAAAUUUCUUUGAUUUUCCUCACUGAUCAAAGGUCACUUCUUCUCUGUAGAUCUGUGGGACACUCUCUUUUUUCCCUCUGUCCUGUGUUCUACUUACAUGGAUUUUUAUAACUGGAAUGGCCGUUGAUAAAUUUGUUAUCUGAUCCUUUAUACCUUAUAUAGUUGAUUAUAAUGUGUACUAUUCUGAAUCUCAGCUGGAUUCAUGGCAUGUGAAAGCAUGUGAUGUGGAUCAGAGUGGUUAAAGCCAACAUAGCCUUCAACACAAUCCUUUAUUUCUUUUGGAGAUAGCUGAUACCCCAGUGUGAAUAUGAAUCACUUAACUGUAGAGACUGAAGAUACUUUUGCAAGCUUGCUUGAGCUUGCUGCUAAUAAUGACAUUGAGGAUUUUAAACGAUCCAUUGAGCAUGAUCCUUCCUGUGUGGCUGAGGUAGGACUGUGGUAUGGCCGGAAGAAGGGAUCAAAACAGAUGGUCAAUGAGGAGAGGACCCCUUUGAUGGUUGCUGCUACAUAUGGUAGUCUUGAUGUUAUCAAACUUAUUCUCUCUUCAUCAGAUGCUGAUGUCAAUUACUUUUGUGGCCAAGACAAAAGCACUGCUCUUCACUGUGCUUCUUCUGGUGGGGCUGAGAAUGCUGUGGAUGUUGUGAAGCUGCUUUUAGCAGCAGGUGCUGAUCCAAACUUGAGAGAUACAAAUGGUCAUCGUCCAGUUGAUGUUAUUGUUGUUCCUCCAAAGCUUCAAGCUUUAAAAUUAACUCUUGAAGAGCUUCUUGAAACUGAGAGUUCUAUUCGUGAGCGCAAUCUAAGGGUUUUGACAGUGACUUCAAUUUCAAACUCUCCACCUGUUUCACCUCGAGAGAAUGGAUCCCCGUCAUCUGCUUCAGGCUCCCCUCUGAAAUCAAAGUUAAAUGAUGCCCCAGUUUUCUCCACAUCAGAGAAGAAAGAAUACCCUGUUGACCCAUCUCUUCCAGACAUCAAGAAUAGCAUCUACUCAACUGAUGAGUUCCGGAUGUAUUCCUUCAAGGUGCGCCCCUGUUCGCGUGCUUACUCCCAUGAUUGGACAGAGUGUCCAUUUGUUCAUCCAGGUGAAAAUGCUCGAAGAAGGGAUCCCAGGAAGUACCAUUAUAGUUGUGUUCCAUGCCCUGAUUUUCGCAAAGGAGCUUGUAGGCGUGGGGAUAUGUGUGAAUAUGCUCAUGGUGUGUUUGAAUGCUGGCUACACCCUGCUCAGUACCGAACCCGACUGUGCAAAGAUGGUACUAGUUGUGCAAGGAGAGUUUGCUUCUUUGCCCAUACUGCUGAGGAAUUGCGGCCUCUUUAUGUUUCAACUGGUUCUGCAGUUCCAUCUCCUCGUUCAAGUACCUCUGCUGGUACUGCCAUCGAUUUUGCUGCCUUAAGUCUUUUACCUGGAUCACCAUCAUCAGUAUCAGUUAUGUCUCCAUCACCAUUUGCGCCACCCAUGUCACCUUCAGCCAAUGGUAUGUCACCCUCUAAUAUGGGCUGGCCACAACCUAAUGUACCAACCUUGCAUCUUCCUGGAAGCAGUCUUCAGUCUAGCCGGCUGAGAUCCUCUCUUAAUGCAAGAGACAUUCCGGUGGAAGACUACAAUUUGUUGCCAGAUUUUGAUGUGCAGCAACAGCAGCUUCUAAAUGAGUUUUCUAGCCUCAAUCAGCCUUCUAUUAGUUCUAAUUCUUUGAACAGAUCUGGUCGAUUCAAGACCCUGACCCCAUCAAAUCUUGAUGAUCUCUUUUCUGCUGAGAACUUGUCUCCUCGAUUCUCUGAUCAAGCAUUAGCUUCAGCUGUUUUCUCCCCAACCCAUAAGUCUGCUGUUCUCAACCAAUUUCAGCAGCAGCAGAGCUUGUUAUCACCUAUUAAUACACAUUUCUCUCCCAAAAAUGUUGAAAACCCUUUGUUGCAGGCCUCUCUAGGGGUGCCAUCAUCUGGUAGGAUGUCCCCCCGAACUGUGGAGCCUAUCUCACCAAUGAGCUCUCGGGUGUCCAUGUUAGCUCAAUGUGAAAAGCAACAGCAAUUUCGUAGCCUGUCCUCUCGGGAACUUGGCUCUGGCUCUAAUGCGCUUGUUGGUUCUGCAGUUAACUCUUGGUCAAAAUGGGGAUUAUCUAAUGGGAAGCCAGACUGGGCUGUCAGUACAGAUGAACUGGGUACGCUUCGCAGGUCAUCUUCAUUUGACCUAGGCAAUGGAGAGGAGCCUGAUGUGUCCUGGGUUCAAUCUCUUGUUAAAGAAUCUCCAACUGAUAUCAAGGAAAAGCCAGCAGCACCUGGUGUUUCAACCAGUAUGUCUGCAGGUGAGGGUUUGAAUAUGAAUUCGCAAAUUGAUAUUGAUUCAGUAGAUCAUGCUGUGUUGGGAGCAUGGCUUGAGCAAAUCAAGCUUGAUCAGCUUGUGGCUCAGCAAAACUGAAAUCAGCAUCACUGAGCCCCGAGUUAGAACAGAGAGGUUUUGGUAAAUAACAUAUAACUUUUUGAAGUUUUUGGAAUUUGGUUGGUUAUGAAUGUGUAGGUGGGGAAGUCAGUUACUAAGGGAAAAUUCAUUUUCAUCAUUUAUUAUUACAAAAGGAAAAGGUUAGAAAAAGUUGAGAAAAAUCAACUGAGGGUGGAUCAUGAAGUUCUCAGCCGGGUAAUGGUCCAUAUUUUGGGGAUAGGAAAGAGGAAAUUUUGUUUCUUCUAAGGUAGCUUGGAGUCAAUAAUUCUGAGGGUGGAGAAAUUAUGAUCCUUUGAUGUUGGUGUAACAUUCAUCUAUACAUUAUUGCUAUUGCUAUUCUAAUACCUUUAUUUCAUUGAUACAUAAAAUGUAUUCUUUCUUUACUUCUAGCUUUGUUUUCUUUAUGUCUCUUUGAUUUCAUUAUCUUAAAUCUCUCAAUGUCAUUGGAAUUUGGUGGGAAUGGGAUGGGAACAUGUGAUAGUGGUGGUGGAUUCUAUGUCCCUGUUGUGGGAUUAGGGGAUUAAGGAAUGUGGAUAUGGGAUGUGGGGUAAAAGAAGGAAUUUGUAAUGAUUCUUCUAUCUAGAUAAGGAAGAUCUGAUGCUUUGGCUCAAUAUUUUUAUUGCUUAGGACUGUGGAUUCUACCUCA